AGAAACACAGCGACUGGGUUCAUUCUUUUAAUCUCUGGAGCCACCUCACUUGUUGUUGAUGUUGAAUUGAGCAAACAGUAGAAAUAAGCACGAGUGAAACUGUGAUGAAGUGGUUUUCGGUGCACAACGUUUACGGAACGCUCCGGCCUUUGGCCCAUCUAACGACGUUUUCCGGCGUCGGUUACGCACUGUAUGGCUCCGCCCCUUUCGUGACCGGUCAACUUUGGCUGGCCAUCCCCUAUCUCGGCUGUUUCGUAUCGUUUUACACCUACGUCAGUUAUGUGGUUAUUUAUGUGCAACAGUUCGAUACCCUCACAAACUCAAUCAUAAUUGGAACCGGGGAGCAAAUUUUCGCACUUUCCUUAUUUGUGAUUGUUUUGCUAUCAAUUGUGUUGAGUGCUGUGUUUAAAUCGAAAGUUUACGACUUACUACGACUGUUGCACGAAAUCGAUUUAUCGUUGCUGGACAUCCGUACCCGGAUAGAUCACCAAAAAUGUCAUCGAAUCGUUUUGAUUGCCGUAUUGGUCACCUUGUUUGUUUUGAUUACGAUAACUCUUACCAGCUUCUGGACGUAUACAAUAUUGGCGCCGGACUUUUAUUUCGACUUCGAAACCGUGCUGUGCUAUCUGGCACAAACUAACAUUAACGCCACCAUCAUGGUCCAGGGAACGAUUAUGGCGUGGAUUGCUCGAGAACGAUACAGCGCUCUGAAUGCUUGCUUUAGGAUGUACUUUCCAACGACGCCGUCUUCGGGAGGUUUUUUGACGACCCAGACGGAAACUGCUGUCUGUACUGAGAAAGAGCAGCUUGCGGUACUGAAACAGAUCAAAAUUUUACAUGACAAACUUAACGACGUUGUGGAAUUGGUCAACUAUUGCUUUUCAGUUCAGAUAACCUUCUGCGUGGGUCUCUGCUUCGUCAUCGGCGUCGUCUGCUCCUUCGGUCUGUUUCGGGCCUUCAUCUACCGGAACGAGCUCUUCUACAUGGGCGUCCUCAACUUCAUCUGGUACAUGUACUAUUUGUUCUUCGUGCUGUUUUUCAUCGCCGUCGGGAGCAAAAUUACGCGAGAGGGCAAACGCAUUGGAGUGCUCGUGCACAAGGCCAUCAACUGUUCCACCUCGAGUGCGGUCAUAAACGAGCUGAACAUAUUCUCCCAGCAAUUGUUGCACCGAAGUCCGGUAAUUACGUGCGGUCUGUUCGUCUACGACUGGACGCUGCUUUACACGAUGAUUGGCGCCACCGCAACUUACCUGAUAAUCUUGAUCCAGUUUGAUGUGUCAUUCCCGAAUUUGGUUAAUGUAAAUGGAACAGCGGCUGUAACCCAGGGAGGAUCCUAAAGACACAUCUACAAUCUAAUGAUAAACACCUGAAUCAACCAUCAAGGAAAACUAUUCCGCCGAAUUAUCAGCUAUUUGAAAGCGGCCAGAAAUAGGAUAAUCUAUCCAAUCCAAUCAAACUAUAACAUUUCGUUAUCAAUCCGUACAGAUGAAUGUAAAACUGUUUUGAACUGUAAUGUCUAUCUCUGCUUUGUAUGUUUAGUGUAAAACAUUGAAAGGGUAUCAUUAUUUUUGCAGCAAGGAGAAGUAACGAACGAAAUUAAAAAGCCAAAAAAUAGAACAUUGUAUAGUGUCAUAUUUGAACUUGUCAAUUGCUUAUUUUAUGUAAAUAUUCAACUUGAUGUUAGAACAAAAAGAAAUAAAUAUACACUUCUUCAUCCUAGAUUUCAACACCGAUAACCUUGACUCAAACCUACCCAACCAACAAUU